UUGCUGGCGUGUUGUGGUGAAUUGCUGGCGUGUUGUGGUGAAUUGCUGGUGUGUUGUGGUGAAUUGCUGGCGUUACAUGACAUGUUUUUCAUUUAUUUGUGUAUAAAGCUGCUGCGUCAGACUCUUUUCUAUCCUCUUGCUCCCGCAGCUCUUCUCUCCAUCCCCCUCAUCAUGCCGUCCAUAAACCAUACAUCAAAUUCAUCUCAUCCGUCACCUCAUGCGACUCCUCACGCCACCACUACCCUGCCCCCUCUCCUCACCACCCAUAUCCACACUAACACCACCCUCAACCCGGCAGCCGCCGCCGUCUCCCACUGGAUCAACAGCAUUCUGGACAAGAUCCCCCUGCCUCGAUGGGCGAUUUACACCAUUUUUGCGGUCGGCAUUCUGCUGAUUCUUCUCUGUUGUCUGUGCAUCUGCGUCAAGUGCUGCUGCAAAGGGGACAAGAAGAAGCGGCAGAAGAAUAAGAAGGAGAAUAUCGACCUCAAUGGGGUGAACGGGAAAACCACUACAGCUCUGGUUCAGCCAGACGUGUCGGAUGUGGACUACGGCUCGACCAAACAGCGGAGAGGAAAGCUGCUCUACUCUCUGGAGUACAACGCUGCUCAGUCUGAGCUCACAGUUGGGAUCAAACAAGCUGACAGCCUAAAGGCCAUGGACCUGGGAGGAACUUCGGACCCGUAUGUUAAAGUCUACCUCCUCCCAGACAAAUCUAAAACCGUUGAGACCAAAGUAUUCAGAAGCACGCUGAACCCAGCCUUCAACGAACAUUUUAAGUUCCAGAUAUCCAAGUCUUCCCUCCUGAAGUCGACGGUAGUGAUGAAGGUUUUUGACUUCAACAGAUUUACCAAACACGACAUCAUCGGUGAGCUCAGGGUGCAGCUCUGCAACGUUGACUGGAACCACGUCAUCGAGGAGUGGCAGGAUCUCGCAGAGCCUGCAAAGUUUGAGGAAGAAAACCUGGGCGAGAUCUGCUUCUCCCUGCGUUAUGUUCCCACCGCCAGCAAACUGACAGUGGUGAUCCUGGAGGCCAAAAACCUGAAGAGCAUGGACAUUGGAGGAAGUUCAGAUCCUUAUGUGAAAGUGCAGCUGGCUCUGGACAAAAGAAAGUGGAAGAAGAGGAAGACGUCCAUUAAGAAGAAGACGCUGAACCCUUAUUACAACGAGUCGUUCACCUUUGACGUCACAUUUGAACAAAUCCAGAGGGUGAACCUGGUGAUCUCCGUGUGGGACCACGACGCCGUGACCCGAAACGACGCCAUGGGGAAGAUCUUCCUGGGCUGCGACGCCUCAGGGAACCAGCUGCGGCACUGGGCUGACAUGUUGUCCAACCCGCGGCGGCCGGUCGCUCAGUGGCACAACCUGCUGUUGGCCCAGCAGGUGAACUCCACCCUGACCCUGAAGAAGAAGAUCCCCCUCCAGCACAAACUGCCCUUCUGAUGGCAACAAACUGCAUCAUUACGAGGACGUUUAAAUUAUCAUUUUCUCCUAAACCUUGAUGAUUGCUUUGUAUUUCACAUUAAUAAUUAUAUUUUAGUAUACAUUUAAGUUCUAAAUCAUAUUUUAAUGUCCAACCUGAGCACUUGUCCUGUGAGAACUGUAUCACACAGAAAACAUUUCAUCCCUUUAAACUUGUGUUAAAUUGUGAUAAUGUGUUUAAUAUCAGGAUAUCUUCUUACACAAUCAGGCUGUUGGCAAAGUGACGAUUGUUUGCAUAGGAUUUGAAGUACUUUGACAAGCUACAACUUAAUAUAUUACAACAAAAAAAACACAUUUUUAAAAAUUGUUAUUAUUGGAAUUUUUGUAAUGAUAUUUCCCAUUAAAAGAAAAAAACAUUUUUUAAUUUAACUAAAUUACCUCUCUGUCUGUUCACGCUUAUUUCUCGACCUGCUGCUCAGUCGGUGUAUCUAAGCACAUUUAUUUAAAAACUGUACUUUAUUUCAAAUUUGAGGUGCUUGUACUUGACUUGAGUAUUUCUAUUUUAUGCAAGUUUUAGACUUUCAGACAUGGAAAGGAUUUUUUAUUUUCAGCUGUACACAAAAUAAAUAUCAGCAUUUUGGACUUUAAAGUGAUACUGAAGUGCCCCAUGUGGACAAAAGAGCGAGGUGAAUCACUGAACUCGUCAUAAACUCUUGUCAGUUUAUGAAUUCUGUGGUCAUUUUGUGACUUUUUGGUAGUGUUGUGUCUGUUUUGGGGUCGUUUAAGGGUCAUUCUGUGUCUUUUUGUGGUCAAAUUGUGUUUCUUUGGUAGUUUUGUGUGUGUGUAUGUUUUAAAAAAUAUAUAUAUAUUUUAUGUCUUUUUGUCGUUGUUUUUAGGUCAUUUUGUGUCUUGUGGUCAUUUUGUGUCUAUUUUGGUCUUUUUGUGUUUUUUAGUAGUUUUCUGUCGUUUUUGAUAGUUUUGUGUCUCUUUUUAGUCAUUUUGUUUUCUUUUUUGGCAAACAACUGUCUUUCUUUCUGAUCAUUUUGUGACUUUUUGGUGGUUUUGUGUGCACCUUUUUAGUCAUAUUGUAUCUUUUUGUUUCAUCAUUUUGUGUUUUUAUUGUUGUUUAAUGUCUUAUGUCAUGUCUUUUUUGAUAGUUUUGUGCCUCUUCGUAGUCUUUUUGUAGCUAUUUUUGGUCUUUCUUUCGGGACAUUUUGUGAUUUUUUUAUAAUGUUUUUUUGUCUCUUUUUAGGCGUUUUAUAUCUUUUUUUGUAUAAUUUUAUGUCGUCAUUUUUUUGUAUUUUUUUAAAUAGC